GGGCGGGGCCAAACCGGGCCGGGCGGCGAUGGCGGCCGCGGCGCGAACCGCGCUGCUGCUGCUGCUUGGAGCAGCAGCGGCGCCGGUCCCGGCCCGGGGCUCGCAAGGGGACCGGGAACCGCUGUACCGCGAGUGCCUGAGCCGCUGCGAACGGCAGAACUGCUCGGGGGCGGCGCUGAAGCACUUCCGCGCUCGCCAACCGCUCUACAUGGGCCUGACAGGCUGGAGCUGCAGAGACGACUGCAAGUACGAGUGCAUGUGGCGCACGGUGCGGCUCUACCUGCAGGGGGGCCACCGAGUGCCCCAGUUCCACGGCAAGUGGCCCUUCUGGCGCUUCCUCUGCUUCCAGGAGCCAGCCUCUGCCUUCGCCUCCUUCCUCAACGGCCUGGCCAGCUUCGUCAUGCUGCUGCGCUACAAAGCCGCCGUGCCCCCGGCCUCGCCCAUGUACCCGACCUGCGUCGCCUUCGCCUGGGUCUCCUUGAACGCCUGGUUCUGGUCCACCGUCUUCCACACUCGGGACACAGCUGUGACAGAGAAGCUGGACUACUUCUGCGCCUCGGCCGUGGUGCUGCACUCUGUGUACCUCUGCUGCGUCAGGACUUUGGGGCUGCAGCGCCCAGCCUUAAUCAGCAUCUUCAGGGCCUUCCUCCUCCUCUUCCUCGCCUGCCACAUCUCCUACCUGACCCUGGUCCGCUUUGACUACGGCUACAACAUGGCAGCCAACGCUGCCGUCGGGCUGCUGAACCUGGCGUGGUGGCUGCGCUGGUGCCUGCGGAACCGCCCACGCCUGCCCCACGUCUGGAAGUGCGCGGCCGUGGUGCUGCUGCUGCAGGCCCUGGCGCUGCUCGAGCUCCUCGACUUCCCCCCCCUCUUCUGGGUGCUGGAUGCCCAUGCCCUCUGGCACAUUGGCACCAUCCCCCUCAAUGUCCUCUUCUACAGUUUCCUGAUGGACGACAGCCUCUACCUCCUGAAGGCCAACUCCGACCUCUUCAAAGUGGACUAGAGCUGCUGGGGGGGGAGGGGAGCACAGCCUCGGCCCUGCCCCCCCCCCCCGGGGUCCUGCCCUGCCCUGUGCCAAGUGAACCACCCCCCCCCGAGCCCCCCCCACCCAGCCGUGGGCUCCUUCCCCCAGUUGCCUUCUGAGGUUUCUUUCUCUCCUCCUCCUCCUCCUUCUCUUCCUCUCUCUUCCCCCUACUCUGUGCCCCUCCCCCCCCCAUUUCCUCGCCCUGGGGGGGGGGCAGGAAUUGGGGGCUGUUAGCUCCCCCCGCCCCCCCAGUGCAAAGUGCAGCUGAGCCCCCACCCAGCUUGCUCCCAGUACCCCCAGUUUGGCUGCCGGUGCUGAACUGGGAGCUGUGAAGCCCUCAGCCACCAGGUGGCUGCUGGAGCCUUUGGGGUUUUGGGGGGGGGGGGGGAGUUAAAGUGACUUGGGGGGGACCUGGGGAGCGGGCGGGGGGCAGGGGGAGGCUGUGUGCGUGGUGCCUGCGUGGGGGGGAGGGCGGGGGGGGGGUCUCAGACCUGCUGGCUGCUGGUUGGUUUGGCAGGGGUGGGGGUGGAAUGUGUGAGGCUGGAGAGGUGCCUUGGGGCUGGGGGGGGGUGCCCCCCACUUCUGCCAGAGGGGCUGUGCCCCCCUCCCCCCUCCCCUAACCCGGGGGGAUGCAGCUUUCCCCUGCCCCUCCCCCUCUUCUCCCCCCCUCCCCUCCCCCCCCCCGGAGUGUGUUGUGGGGUGAAUAAAGCUGAGUUCAACCUA